UGCUCGUAGCCACUCGGCUGAGCCUUGCCAGCCAUGCCAUGGCCAAAGUUUCCGUGGCGCUGGCGUUUCCAUGGCGCCUCAGCGUUGGCAACCGCCCUUCUGGUUUGGAUUCCCUUGGGAUGGUGAACAAGAAGCCGGGCUGGGCAGCUGCUAUUAGGGAUGUGCCUGAAAGGCGGCAGUUCCACGUGGCCCCCAGUGGAGCUGCGCGAGCUUAUGGGCUCGGAGGAAUGGCAGCUCAGGCCCGUGCAGGCAGGCCUGCCAAGGCAGAGUGAGAAUCGAUUCCACCUCGACGACGCAUGCCGAUCCACUUCGAAUUCUCCGCAGUUUUCCGUGUGUGUCAAGGCGGGCUGGUGCGAUGACUACUCGGCGGGUAGUGGCUAUUGCCCAGUGUAUCCCGCUGAGAACGUGGACGUGCGUCUGCAGAACGGGUCCACACAGAUGGUCUUGGCCAGAUCUGAUCACUGCAUGGCGCUGGGCGGAAACGGGUCGCACAUGUUCCUUUGCCCCCCGCGCGCGCCCAUUGCGAUCAUCAUGAAUCCGAAGGCAGGUAGCACGUCGGCGGCCAUGUGGCUCCAGUUGCUGACGUCUUUGCGCCGACCGCGCGCACUGGUCAGACACUUUCGGAACAAUCUCGCAAAGGGGGAGCUUGGCAUUUCAGAGCACUGGCUCUUCGGCGCGGAGGGCAUCGGGGGGAGAAAGCGGCUGCGGCGCAAGCAACGUGCCGCAUUACAGCAGCGGAUGCUCUUUGAGGUGCUCAUUGACGGCUCGACCAUGAGAGUUGCAGAGUAUGCCUCCAAGAUCUUAUUGCCCCCUGGCUGGUGCAUUCCUUGCUGCGCGCACGCCUCUGGGCGCUUGCCAGUAGUCCUGGUGAGAAAUCCCUUCCGGCGAGUACAGUCUUGGUUCAGACACAAGUGGCUGGCGAACAAGGGCAAGGAGCCCUACGCCACUUGGGCGGGCUUUCUACCUUUCCUGCGCUACAUGUGGGAGCACAGAAGUGAUGCCAAUGAUCCGAACGGAUUCUGGAAGCGGGUGUUGAAGAGGCCCUUCAACAUGCUGGACGUGGCCCAUACCAUGUCCUUCCGCGACAUCCUGGAGGACCCCAGAUGGCCCCAAGAGGCCGCCGCCCGGCUGCGUGCCCGGCGCAUCUUCCCGCUGCGAUUGGAGGUGAUGAGCUCGGACUUCGCCGAACUGCGGCGAAUUCUCUGCCAGCGCCUGGGCUUCUGCAAAGGGCUCCCUGCGAUUCCCCACGUGGUGCCCCGGGGGUUUCGGGCCUACCUGGCGGCUAAGCCGCCCUCCAUGCAGGAGCUUUGGAGCUCGGAGGCCUUGGAGAUUAUGUGGCGCAUGUUCGACUCGGACUUUUCAGAGCUCGGCUACUCAAGGGACGCCUUGGUCGAGAAGCCCAUCUCCUUGCCCACGCCAUGGGCGACAUGUGUUUAGUGAGUCUGGGCUCGAAGGAUGACAUGACCAGAGGAAUGAGAAAUGCCCAUUUGCAGGGUUCAUCCAUCCCACCAGCUACUCACCUUAUGGGUAGUCAAUUCCUCCAUCCCGCUGUUUUCUUUUCAUUGAUUCACUCACAACAACUGCUUCAAGUUGUUGAAGUUAGUUUCGGACUAACUUGAUUUCGGAGUAACGGGCUUGUGAGCUAUCAGGGGUGAAGUCAUCCUACUGUUGGCCUAUGUUGGCCUGCAUGGGUGCUUGCUCACAAGUUUGGCCACAAGAAGCUCAAGUUGAUGGGUUGUUGGCUUGUUGAUUUGCCCGGGCCGUUUCACCAAAUGAGGAUUUCUCAGACUUAACUUCUCAGACUUGCCGAUUUGUUUAAGCUGCAGGCGACUGCAAGGAUGUCACGCGCUCCCAGAUGCCUGCAGGGUUCACUAUAUCUCCCAGCAUGGUGGUGUUACAACUCACCUUUUUGCAGCAAAUCAACGCGAGUUGAAAGGCUCUUCUUGGAUGCAGUAUAC